CUUCCUCUAUCUACUUAGAGCUAGGGCCACCAAGGUUAUCUGUCAAUGGCCACUCAAGCAACCCCCGACCAUUCUCCGGAGUAUCUGUCCUUUCAAGAUAACUUUGAAGCAUUGGUGUCCACAUUCAAAGCUCAACCUGCUGCAUACGCUGAUAGCCUUUUCUCCAAUGGCUACAUACCAGAUGAAGUUCUUGAAUUCUCUAGACUCUGAUAAAUCUCGAAAGAUUUUAGAUGCCGUCAUCCAUCGGAUUGAGGUAAAUCCCAGUGUAUUCCAUGGCUUUAUCGAGGCCAUCGCUGGCCCUUCUACUGACGAUGUUGUCAAGAAACUACACAAUAGUUACGAGCGUCACAAGACUGCGACCAGCCGUGUUGAACAGCUACAACUCUCUCCACCCCCACACCAGCAACCUCCACCAGAGGCUCCGACAUCCUUCAGCUUCCCACACCUCGACACUUCUAGCCUUGAUGAGGAUGAUAGAAUUGAAUUGGAGGAUCGGCUCAUACGUGAUACAAGGAAAAUGAUAAUUAGUUUCACUGCUUUUACUCUAAUUAUACAAGAGUCAUUUGAAAACCAACGGAUCCCUUUGGAAAGGAUUAAAGAUUCCGUUCUCAGCCUCGAUGCUUUCAACGACGGGAUUGGAGUCAAAGUACCAGAUCCACAAGAUAAGCAAGAAAUCAAAAAUGCCAAAAAUUUGCCCGAAGUCUUCAUGACUCUACGUGACUACAUCUCCUUCUUCAAUUAUGAGAUAGUGCAGUACCUCAUCGAGCUGCUGGGAUCACCAGACGACCAAACACAACUGCGUGAGUAUUGUUCUGCACUUGAUCAGUUCUGCCAGCGAAAUGUGUUUGAAGUUCCGGCCGAAGCUUUCUCUUCAAAAUCUCGUAUCAAAACGGCCAAAGUAUUUGUUCUCAAAUGCACUGAGCGAGUAGCCACACUCGAGUGUGUAAAAAGGCUGACACGAAGAAUCGCUGAAGCACUUGGUCUACAAAAAGCAGCGCUACAACUUCAUUCAGUCAAACAAGGCUGCUUGGAGCUCCACUUUCUCAUCACUGUAGCUGUUGCCAAGCGUAUCUAUCCAGUGUCCCCUACUGUAGAGGCAGCUCUCAGUGCGAUAGGGGUUCUCACCUGUGAAAGUACGGAUGAGGUGGAUACAUUUCUGCGAGAACAGGAUCUGAGCAAACUCAAACUAGAGGAGAGGUCUAAGGACACAAGUGCGACCACCGUCACUCAAAUAAAGGACACUAAAGAGAAGAUUUCUGACACUCUCACCAUAGCAGAUUUAGGAAAUCCUCUACAGUCUACAGGUGACACCACCACAUUAUCAGCACCACCUACCAAGAAGGCAAAGCUUUGGUUUCCACCAAGCAAUCCCAGUGGGAGUACAAAUGAGGUGGAGAAAUUGCUGCAGGAACACAAACGCAAACCAGAAGAGAUGUCUAAAGAUACAAGUAGGACCACCUUCCCUCAAAUGGAGGACACUUCUAUCUUUAAGAAUAUGUCUGACCGUCUCACAAUAGCAGAUCCUCUACAGGCAAUAAACCCUACUGAUGUGAAGACAGAGGAUGCUUUACUGAAAACACACUGGGACCCAAUGGAUGCAAGAACAAGAAAGUCAAAGGAGACUCAACCAGCCAAGAAAGUGCGUACAGAUAAGGCAACAAAGACAGAGUCGAAGGACACUCAACUAGCCAAGAAAGGUCCCCCUCCCAGAGAGUUGAGUCCACUCACUCUGAAAUGGAGAAGAGGAAAAGACAUGCCAUUCAAGAUGGGCACCUCGGUACAGAGUGUUGUUAUCGGUGACACGGCGUAUGUUAGUGGAAGUGGUGCAGACAAUGACCAUGACACGUGUAUAGUGAUGAAGCUCGAGCAAGAUCAAUGGACUAAACUACCAGAGUACACUGCCAUGCACUUCGCUAUGACAUCACUCGCCAAUCGACUAGUGCUGGUGGGAGGACAUGAUGUAAGAAGCUACGAACGAACAAAUCAGCUUGCAGUGUUUGAGUCAGUGGAAUGGACUUACCCGUACCCACCAAUGAACAUUGCUCGUGAUUCCUCAACAGCUGUCUCCUUCAACGACCACAUCAUUGUAGCAGGUGGGUGGGAUGAUAAAGGACGUACCUUUUCUGUGGAGGUUUUGGAUGUGGCGUCAAGAAGAUGGUACAUUGCUCAGUCACUACCUAACCCACGAUCAGUACUGAAGUCAACUCUCAUAGGAAACAUCCUCUACCUAAUGGGAGGGUACGAUACUGGGAAGCCAACCAAGGCAGUGCACCACGUUGACCUCAAUAAACUCAUUGCAAAGGCCUUUUCCAACCUGGACACACCCACUCUCUGGCAGACGAUACAAAACACACCACUCGUGUUCCCAGCUCUCUCAGUAUCGGGAGGUCACUAUUAGCCGUUGGUGGACGGGACGACGGACACAACCCAAGUUCAUCGAUCUGCCUCUACCAGCCUGACACCAGGAGGUGGGUGAAAGUGGGAGACCUGCCUACUGCAUGAUACUGCUGCACAUGCUCAGUACUUCCUAGUGGAGAAGUCAUUGUAGCCGGAGGAAUGGCUAAUCAAAAUAUUGACAUUGUGGACUUCCUCUUCAGUAAGUAGCUAACAUAGAUAGGAACUUUUUUAUGUACAUGCACACACGAAAUUAGCAAUUAACAAAUCAGAAGUUACGAUUAAUACAGUACGUGAACUCUCGUUAAUCAUAACUCACUCUGAUUUAAAUUUGUUGAUUUGUUGA